UGUAUCGAUCAUAAAAUUGCAUUUAUCGUAAUCGUCAAACCUCAACUCUACAUCAUGACAGACAACGUCGUCGUAGCCGCUCCGGCCUCAGUUGCAGCAUCGCCAGCCGUGAAAAAAUCUCCGGCCAAGAAGAAGGCAGCAGUUAAGGCAAAGAAUACCGCAGCGUCUCACCCGUCCACCUCCGUGAUGGUAACGUCUGCCAUCAAAGAGCUCAAGGAGAAGAAAGGUUCGUCUUUGCCGGCUAUCAAGAAAUAUUUGGCCGCCAACUACAAAGUGGAUCCCGCCAAAUUGGCGCCGUUCAUCAGGAAGUUCUUGAAAGCCGCCGUUGCCAACGGUACAGUCAUUCAGACUAAAGGUACCGGCGCUUCUGGACACUUUAAAUUGCCGGUUGCCGAGGUCAAGCCGAAAAAAGUUGCCGUAGCCAAGAAGAAGAAACCGGCCGUUAAAAAGGUCAAAGCCCCUGGAGCUGUGAAGAGGAAAUCGACGACCGCCAAGAAAGUGAAGCCCGCGUCCGGUGAACCGGCAGCUAAAAAAGUCAAGAAGACCGCCGCUGCAGCUAAACCGAAGGCUGCCAAGCCCAAGAAGUCGCCUACCAAAGCAAAAAAACCAGUCGCUGUCAAACCAAAAGUGAAAAAGACUCCGACCAAGAAAACUGUAGCUCCCAAGAAAAAGUAAAUUUUACUUCCCCGUUCUUUUUAAAACGGUCCUUUUCAGGACC